AUGUCGCAACAAGUUCAGGCUCAGGCUGACGUUGGCUCUCUGAGCCUGAGAGGCUUGGGGCUUUUUACCGAUGUACUAGCUGCUCUCUCUGCCGACAAUGUCGCACCAGUGGCAAUGAUCCAGAUGGAGCAACUCGGCGCUCUGUUUCAUGUCAACGGCCGUUUUGCCAACAGCGUUCCCGAGCUCCUCACACGGGCUUCCUCCCACCCGAUCGGCCGGUUGACACUGGCGGUAGGGUGGCGCCGUGGUGACUCAGUCUCGCUUCUUGCUGAGUCUGCCGGGGGCCAGGCCAUAUCGCUGCUGUCACUCUGCAUCACGAACAUAUACAACGAAGAAGCUGUCGGGCAGAUUCUGUCGCAGCUCAGCUUCAAACUAUUACCAAAGUCAUCUCCACGUGCUGGCGUGGCCCCCUUGGCUGAUGUUGCGGCCUUGGUGGCAUCGAAAUUGAACAGAUUCGGGUUUGGGAAUGUCCUUGCAGAACAGACGAUGAGAGUACAUUCGGCAUUCGAGAAACUGGAAACCACUAUCCCGGACGGUCUUCUGGAGCUGCCUACUGUUGAAUCUAUCACGGAUGUUUUCGAAUGCCUAAGCCAUCUUCGGGAAGAUGAUACAGUUGUUAGGAUUUCUGGGUCACCCGGAAUUCUGUACCUGCUAUCAAUAAUCAUUUUCAUGUUCCCACAUGAUGCAAUCAUAACAGUUGAGUCAUACGUUAUCCACGAAGGAGAAGCCGGGGGCAGAAUCAUCAUCGAAAUUUGUGAUUCUGCCCCAGUACAAGUUCGAGUGGAGAAGAAACUCAGUCAAUCUGCGCCACUCACACUGCCCAUGAAGGCCUGUGAAGAUGGGUGGAAGAUCAAGGGAGCUUGUUCAUUUGCAUGGGAAGGAUGGAUAGCUCGGAAGCUCCAGAUUGAGUUUGCAAGAGUUGGCUCAACAUGUACCCAAGAGGUAUUAGUUGCUUGUGGCUCCAUGGUAGCUCACCUCGCUGAGGAGCUUAAAGUCUUCAAAGACACUGGAUACAGUCAAGAGAUUAGGUUCGAGGCCUUGCUCGGGCUGCAUCCCGCCCGCAGAAUUGAUAGAAUCUGUCGAGAAGUUUUCCUGGCGCCGGCGGAGAAAACCAAGUCAGAUGCACGAACUGCUUGGGAACGCUUCAUUUCCAUCUUAACCCCAAUCUUAGAAGGCGCCAAGUGCCAACCUGGAAAGCGUUAUGUCCAUUAA